UAGCUGCAAGGAAAGAAGAAUGAGUUUCUUAGCAUUUACACUAUUUGUGUACCUGUGUGCAUUUCAUGAUUUUGUAAGCAGUGAAAACCAAACGUUGAUGGACACAGUUUUGGUCGAGUUAGGCCAUUCGGUAACAUUGAAUUGCACUUACAAUUGUUCAUCUGGGUUUGUUCGUGGUUGUUGGAUUACUGAAAAAGACGGAGGAUGCACGUCAGCAGAACCAAACAAAGAAACAGUUUGCACUGUGUCUUUUUCACUGCCAAAUAUCACCAGCAAAGAUCUGAAAGAGUACUUUUGUAAAACUGAAGUUAGUGAUGCCAUACCAUUUCAGCCAAAGACAGAGCGGAUUGUGCAGCUAAAACUCAAAGAUCAAACAAGUAAUGCCAUAACACACAAAACUGAAACUACAAAAGUCUCUCUCCAAUCUGAAUCCAACACAUCAGGAGCGGCUGAAAAGCCUGUGAUGAAAGACGGAAUGAAGGUUGUAGCAGCAGUCACAGUCACAGUAGCCUUAGUCCUUGCAGCUUUGGCAGUCUACCUGUGUCUCACUCGAAGAAGACAUGGCUCUAAUGGUAAAGAGCACCAGUCUUCAGUCAACAUGUCCAAGUCCAAUUCACCUAAGGCUUCCAGUAGAACCAUGCCAUUAAAUAAGGGCCCAACUUCCAAGCAAAGUGAAAGAGUGAUGCUGAGAAUUCCAACUCCAGAAAUGGAAGGAGACCCUGAAGUGCCAUAUGCUGAUAUAGUAAUAAACGUACGAGGUGCAAGUACGCCAGACAUCUCACAAGCUCUUUACUUAAAUUCUGGUGAUCGUAAUGAGUUGUGGGGCGUUCAUCCUCGCGCUCGCCUGCAGGCCGCGCGCUCUGCUGACAUGCUGCACCUGCCUCAGCCGUUGGAAGUUUGUAGAAAGAUGAGCACCACCUCAGACUACGCUGUUAUUACGUAUGCAUGAAAACGGGCUUAUAAUUAGUUUAUAGGCUUAAACUGUU